AUGGACGAAGAGGCACCGCUUUUUAGUGCGUGGAAUCCCUUGGAGGUGAUCAAUGACUUGCAGGUUGCCAUUGAAGUUGCUGAAGGUCCAGGUCCAUGGCGGGUGGCGUAUCCCCAAGGCCGAGUUCAGGUGACCGGGGAAUCCUUCCAAGUGCGGCUGCGUGAGGAGGAAACCAUCGUAGUGACGGUGCUGACCUCGCAGUUCGCUCAUAGACGCGAGAGGAAGGUAGUGAUGGUGUCUGCAGUGGAUGAAGAGUUCCAUCGAAGGGUGGAUAGCUGGCUGAAGAAGGAGCAAACAGCCGUUCGAGAUGAGGAAAAGCAGGGGAGACGGAGAGCAGAAGAGCUGGAAAAGAUGACAACAUCUACCCGAGACACUCACGAAGUGCCUCCAGAUGCGUCGUUUGCACUUUUUGCCUCAUGGGGCCCGUUGAUCGGCUACACAUUGCGCCAUACGUGCUUGGCCGACGGCCUUUCUCGCCAAAGGUGGCGCCGAGAGGCGGAGAACCGCGUCCGCGACCGGACGAUCAUGUUCGAAGGAAAGAUCAGUGAGGAGCCUGGCACAGCCUGUAUUGCCUCUUGGCCGGGCCUCUAUGCAACAGCCUGGCAUUACUUGGCGCGACAAGCCCGAGGUGGGCAAACAAGCGCAGCAGUAGUUUUCCUUCCCGAGGGCACUCAGUAUUAUGGAAACCACUGCCCAAUCCCCGUGGAGGAGGGGUUGUGUGGCGCUUGUUGGUGCUUUGCACUCUACGGAGAGGAGAAGGAAUGGGGCUGCCAGUGGUGGUCAGUAUGGAUUGAGAACAUUCACAAGGCCAUGCAGUAUGGUGCUGUCCUUCAUGUGUACUUUUGGCAGGGUCUCCGUAGCAAAGGGAAGGUGGCAAGUUUUGCCACUGUCGGGCAAGAGAAUCUUGUUAGAGAGAGUGUGAGAAAGAAGAUGCAGGACUUUGAGAGGUCCAAAGAGUACGAGGAUGCCAAGCAAGCUGGCUUGCUGAAGCUUUCCAAUGAGAAGAGAUAUGAUCGCUCAUCGCAACAGAGCCGGGAAGUCCAGCGCCUCUUCCGGAAAUGGCUUCCACCCGAAGAGCGCAGGAUUUUGGAAGACGCAGAAGGGCUGGGAGAUUCCCAGCGAGCUGAAGUAGCCUGGCUCGAUCGGAAGGGAUAUCCCUACAUCGAGAUGGAUGUGUCACCCUUUCUCCAGCCAUCAGAUGGAGACACACAAGACCAAGAGGAGCCGCUCGACGCAAGACAUUCCGUGCAGGAUUUUCAGGAGAGUGUGAAAGAUGGGAAGUUCAUGGUUGCCUUCCACCCUUUGGUGAUCAAUGAUUUGCAGGUUGCCAUUGAGAUCGCCUGUCAAGAAGGUCAAUUCCGCGUGCUGUAUCCUGAGGGCAGAGCUCAGGUGGCCAGUCGGUCCUUUCAAAUGCGGUUGCGUGAAGAUGAACGCAUUGCAGUGACGGUGAAAAGCUCGAAAUUCGCUCACACUGACGACUUGAUUGCAUCCCAAGUGGAUGAAGACUUCCGCCAACGUGUGGAACAUUGGCUGAAGCGGGAGCAACGAGCUACUCGAGAGGAGGAGGAGCAAGAGAGACUGAGAGCAGCAGAGUUGGAAGAGAAGAUGAGAUCCAGUCAAUGUCACAGGAGGAUUCUUUCAAAGGAGACCGUUUGUCUUGUUUGGGUGACAGUUGGCCUUGCCAUUUCCUACUGCGUGUGCUUUCUCAAUUGGUUUGCCUUUGUUGCGUUUGCGUGGAAGUUGCUUGGGUUUGCUGGGGCUGUAUGCCUGGCCUUGCUCUUCUUUUGCAUGGACAGGGCAACGUCGAACACCACGACAUGGCAAAAUAGCUUGCUUUGGAUGGCCAGUGCUUUUCUAUGUUUUGGCUCUUGCUAUGUAUUUCUGAGGAUCCUGCAGGACGAGCAGUAUAACUCCCAGGUAUAUGAGGCCCCCAAGUAUGUUGUUCUGGUAGUUGUGGCUUUCUCUGCAACUGGCCCCAUUAUCGGCAUCGUCGCGCGCCGCAUGUGCUUGGCCAGCGGCCUGCAACGCCGGCAGUGGCACCAGGGGGCAAGUUUUGAAGGAAGGAUCAGUCAGGAGCACGCCCACGGUCAGCAAACAAGUGCAGCAAUGGUUUUCCCACCCAAGGUCACUCAGUGCUCCGGCGAACACAGCCCAAUCCCGAAAGAGGAAGGGCUACAGGGGGAAUGCUGGUGCUGGGCACUCUAUGGCGAAAGGAGGCCGUCAGGCUGCAAGUGGUUUGCAAUAUGGAUUCAGAACAUCCACAGAGCCAUGGAGUGCGGUGCCAACCUCCACGUGUAUUUUCGGGAAGGAUUUCGUGGUAGAGGAAAGGCAGCAAGCUUCGCGAGCGUCGGCCAAGAAAAUUUCAGCAGAGAGAAAGUGCGAGUGAAGAUGAAGGACUUUGAAAAAUCCAAUGAAUUUGAAGAUGCUAAGCAAGCUGGUUUGGUGAGGCUUUCUGACAUGAAACGCUAUGAUGGCUCUUCCCAACAGAGUCGAGAGAAACAACGGCUUUUCCUGGGGUGGUUGUCAGCAGAAGAUCGCAAGGUCUUGGAGGAUUCAGAGGGAUUGGGCGAUUCCCAGCGAGCCGAAGUAGCCUGGCUCGAUAGGAAGGGAUAUCCAUACAUAGAGAUGGAUGUGUCUCCCUUUAUUCAGCCAUCAGAUGAAGAAGGGAUCGCAGUGGAUGAUGUGCAGCCCACGUUGGUACAAAAAGAACUUCAUUCGGAGUUGUGA